UUAGAUUAGAUCUUCAACUUCUCAUCAGAGUUUUCUAUCUGAACUUCAACAAGCGUUUGAUUCUGUUAUAGUCAUCUGCAAUAGAAUGUGUGGACUUUGAUCUGCAGUGGUUACCAGAGCACAAGUGACAAAGCGUCAGGGAAUACCACGGAUGACACUGUCCUUUCUUAUCUGCUGCUCAAUUGUUUAUGGCGUCAGUUUGGGUCCUUCAGUUUCAUCGAUUCUCAUUUCCACUUCCUAAUAACCAUGUCUCAAAGCAUCAAUUUCCGUCCGAUAUGAUGGAACUUAAAGCAUUGUAUAGAUGCGGCUGCAAUAACUGGAAGCCGAUGAAGAAAAUGCACGGGAAUUUCAGGGUGAGAGCGGCAAACGAUUCUCUUGAUUCAGACGAUGACAAGCGCGUUGAGAGAGAGACGGUUACCUGCUUGGAGAAACCUCAAGCAAUGGAUUUGAAGAAUGAAGUCCGGAGAUUGCAAGAAACAAUUAUUUCUCUUCCUCCAGUUGACUACGUGAUGAAAAUGCCACCACGAAACAAGCUUAUCAUGGGGUUAUGCAUUGUGGCAAUGGUGUUGUUUAUUGGAGUAAGAAACCAUUUGGCGAAGAAGGCAGCAAAAAAUCGUCAGCCUGGCUCGUAUGCAGAUCUUGUAAGGCGCGGCCAGCUAAGAUCCGAUAGAAGAGGCAUUUCAUCAAAGCCUCUCAAAUAUGAUGACCCUUUCGAUAACCCUUUAGUCAAGGUUAACAAGAGCAAUUCAACGAUGGAGAUGUGCGGAAAAGUGUACAAGUUAGCCCCAGUGAUGCUUACUAAGGAACAACAAACUAUCCAUCAGAAGAGGAGGUCAAGAGCAUAUCAAUGGAAACGACCGACUAUAUUCCUUAAAGAAGGUGAUCCCAUUCCUCCUGAUGUUGACCCCGACACGAUCAGAUGGAUUCCCGCGAAUCAUCCUUUUGCAACGACUAACAAUGAAAUUGAUGAAGAUAUGGCACAAACAAAUGUUUAUCAGAAACAUGGAGUCCCCUUUCGCAUUCAGGCUGAACACGAGGCACUUCAGAAGAAACUCGAAUCACUUCAAAAUAGCCAAAAGUUCAGCAAGCUGGUAUUGGAUCCUGGCUCAGCUAGAGAUUUUGAGAGACCAUUCAAAUUGAAUAUGAAAUCAGACGAGCAGAUAGAACCACCGAGUUCUGCCUCAUCGGACAAUGAGGUUGCUGGCCCCAAGCAAUCCAAUCCCGGGAAAAACCCGGGUUUGUUUAGAAACAAUCCAGAAUCAGAGGAAAUGCCAAAAUCCUGAAGCAUAUUGUAUCAUGUUUUAUUUUUGGGUUAAACAACAUCCUCUCUCACGGGAUCAAAUGUAUAGCAUAUUUGUAAAUAGAGUUCAAAUGCUUGAAUGGAUUGGGAGUUUGUUGUAUUUGGUUUGAAUGUAGUUGAUUCUUUGGUUA